GGUAGCCUUGCGCGUUCUUCCGAUUCUGUAAAAGCUGGAGGCUCGUCCAUUUUGUUAGCACGUACGAUCCCGGUUAGUCGACGCCGGUGCAAAGUAUAAUUCUCGUUUGCAACGAGUUCGUGUUACUCGAGUAGAGUAAGGGCUACGAAGCCAGUGGCUGUCUGUCGGCGGCGUUCGUGGAUUUGUAGCUGCAUAUCGUAAGUACAGAGAGCGCAGCUGGCAAGCGUGAGAACCUACUUGUAGAUACAUAGCGCAACAAGAAUUAGAACGGAGGAGAAGCCGCUGGAAAGAGAAUCGUUGUGCCAGGGCCGCGAAACGCAUCGCGUACCCGGUUCGUCGUUAGUUUUAGUUUUAGCAAGAUGGCGGAACUACAGGGAACCCCGGUUGCUCAAGACGCCCUGUCCGUAGCCCAGUUAGAGCUCGGUGGAAAUCCAAACGCCUUAGCUUUGCGUAGGCCGUUUGACCCUGUGGCACAUGAUCUCGACGUGGGUUUCCACCUUACGCGGUUCGCCGACCUAAAAGGAUGAGGGUGUAAAGUCCCUCAGGAGGUUCUUGGGAAACUCCUCGAGGGACUACAGGCCGACGAUGGUAGCGCACAAGAUCAUGAACAUGCCCAUUUUAUGCACAUGGCCAUUCCACGCAUCGGCAUUGGCAUGGAUUCCUCCGUAACUCCACUGAGGCAUGGAGGGCUUAGUUUGGUACAAACUACAGAUUUCUUCUAUCCAUUAGUUGAUGAUCCUUACAUGAUGGGUAAAAUUGCAUGUGCAAAUGUUAUCAGUGAUCUGUAUGCCAUGGGUGUUACUGAAUGUGACAAUAUGCUAAUGUUGUUGGGAGUCAGUACAAAGAUGACUGAAAAGGAAAGAGAUGUUGUUGUGCCCUUGAUCAUGAGAGGGUUCAAAGAUUCUGCUCUGGAAGCUGGUACAACGGUAACAGGAGGUCAAACAGUUGUUAAUCCUUGGUGUACAGUAGGUGGUGUUGCUUCUACUGUUUGUCAACCAAACGAAUACAUUGUACCAGACAAUGCCGUUGUGGGUGAUGUUCUUGUUUUGACAAAGCCACUGGGAACUCAAGUCGCUGUUAAUGCUCAUCAAUGGUUAGAGCAAGCAGAUCGCUGGAACAGAAUUAAACUUGUGGUCAGUGAAGAUGAUGUAAGGAAAGCUUAUCAGAGAGCAAUGGAUAGUAUGGCCAGGCUUAACAGAAUAGCGGCUAGAUUAAUGCAUAAAUACAAUGCACACGGAGCAACAGAUGUUACGGGUUUUGGCCUUUUGGGACACGCACAAAAUUUGGCCAAACACCAGAAGAACGAAGUCUCUUUUGUUAUUCAUAAUUUGCCCGUAAUCGCAAAAAUGGCAGCUGUAGCAAAAGCGUGCGGUAACAUGUUUCAACUCCUUCAAGGCCACUCGGCGGAAACCAGCGGAGGAUUACUUAUUUGCUUACCUAGAGAACAGGCUGCUGCAUAUUGUAAAGAUAUCGAAAAGCAGGAAGGAUACCAAGCGUGGAUCAUUGGUAUCGUAGAGAAAGGGAAUCGCAUGGCUAGAAUAAUCGACAAACCACGAGUAAUAGAAGUACCAGCUAAAGAAAAAGAUGGGGAGCUUUGGUAAAGGAUCACAGAUGUUGGCGAAACUUUUUUAUUUACUUUCAUGUAUUUAGGAGGAACUACACGCAACACAGAAAACACGCAUUUACAUAAAUCAACACUACUGUAUCAGAUUCAAAGCACUUAUAUGUGCACCAUUAUUACGGUGAAGUAACGAAUUUUCAAUAUUUGGGUAAAAAUCUGAUUAUAUACAGUGAUCGUCCCAUUUUGUCCCACGGGUUAAAAGAAUGAGAUAUAAUAAUACAAACUUAUAUUUACGUGUUA